AUGUUAUUAAUUAUUAAUGUUUUUUCACAGAUAUUUUUGGGCUUUUUUGCCGUGGUGGCAGCCUUCCCCGGUAUCAUUCAUCAGGAGAUUCCUCAAAUUUCCGAGAAGUUUGAUCAGCAAGCUAUAAUUGGUGAAUCGGGUCACCACCAUCAAGUCGAACACGAGCACGCCAAAUCGCACCAGUCCAUCAAAUUCGAGCAUUUCCACCCAGUACCUGUAUACGUAAAGAAAGAACACAGUCAUCUCCUAAAGCACCCUCUCGAAAAAGGAAAAUCCGAACAAAACUUGAAACAAAUCCACCCUGAAACUCAGCACAGCCAUGGCGGUGGUCUUGUGCUGGAAGAUCACAGAUACAACACAGAGCAACUCAUUGCCAGCUUGGGACAUGGGGGCUACAGUCAUGAAGGACUCGGACAGGCUGCUCUUGAACAAGGAAGCUAUGAGCAUGGAGGUCUUCAGCAAGAAGGUCUGCAGCAUGAAGGAAUCCAAGGAGGUUUAGAACACGGUGGUCUCCAGCAAGGCAGCUACGAACAAGGAGGUUACGAGCAAUAUUCAGGUAGCUACGAAGGAGGUGAAGGUUUGAAGGCAUACGCUGAACCUGAGAACUAUCACGCCCUACAAGCUCAAGGAUACGGAGGUCACGGUAGCAGUGAAGGUUACUAA